AUGGCUAAUUUCACUGUGAAUGGGUUUCUUCUGAUGGGAUUUUCUGCCAAACCUGAGGUAGAAAUCUUACUUGCUUUUCUGUUCUUAGUCUUAUACAUGGUGGCAGUAACUGGGAAUCUCCUCAUCAUCAUGGCAACUUCCAUGGACAACAAUCUCCACUCACCCAUGUAUUUCUUCCUGAAACAUCUCUCCUUUCUGGACCUGUGCUACAUUUCUGCGACUGUGCCAAGGUCCAUUUACAACUCUUUCAUGCACAGUGGCUACAUUUCCCUCGGGGAAUGCAUCGUGCAGUGUUUUGCUUUCAUUCUCUGUCUUGUUGCUGAGAUGUCCAUGCUCACAGUGAUGUCUUAUGAUCGCUAUGUGGCCAUUUGCUUUCCACUGCACUAUGAACUAAUCAUGGAUGCCAGCAAAUGUGUCCAUGGAGUCCUAGGCGUCUGGAUCAGUGGGGUUAUUUCAGCAUCCAUGCACACAGCUGCCACUUUUUCCAUGCAUUUCUGUGGUUACCAGAUUCACCAGUUCUUCUGUGAUGUCCCUCAGGUCCUGAAACUCUCGUGUUCUAAUGAGUAUAUCAGUGAUAUUGGAGUCACUGGCUUUGUGGCUCUUAUGACCUUUCUUUGUGUCAUCUUCAUUGGACUGUCCUACAUCCAGAUAUUCUCUACUGAAGUUGCUAAGUGUGCUGCUUGGAGUCUGUUACUUGGAUUCUGCUGCAUGCUGGAGAGGAAAGUUCCUGUGGGGUGCUGUUUGCCCACAGUCAUAGCUCUGGCGACAUUGACUCCCAUCCCCAAAAUAAAGAAAGUCUAUGAUGGAUGGGCUGACAAGCUUCCACAUACAAACUGUAUUAAACCUGACCAUUCCUGGGAUUGUGGGCUGACACUUUUGGGAGCUAUCCCACCGAGCCUGCCUGUGUGA